AUGAUCUCUCGAUAUGAAGUGCAGACUUCUGAAAAACUCGGCAGACACUUAGUUGCUGCUAAAGAUCUAAAAAGUGGUGAGACGAUACUGUCGGAUGAACCAUUCGUGUUGGGUCCAAACAGCGACACUUCUUUGGUAUGUUUCAACUGCUAUUUGCCGUUGAUGAGCAAGUUUGUGGUGUGUAAAAACUGUGGUGUAGCGCCUAUCUGCCCUGGAGAUGGGUGUCCGGAUCAUCUUGCUCAUAAAAAGUGGCAUACUAGCACAGAAUGCGAUUUCUUCAAAACUCUAAAGCUAACUAACGGAUUACAUCCAAUGACAAUGGUUCAAAAUGUGGGAUCUUUGUUAGCUUUACGAGCAUUCAUGAAAAGGAGCGUCGAUGUCAAGGCUUGGGAUGAAUUUAUGAAACUGGAAAGUCAUUUGGAGAAAAGGAAGCAUACGAGCGCAUGGGAAUAUUCAGAUAAUACUGUUAAGUUUAUCCAGUCAUUACAUGUAGCAGGCGUCGUACCGGACGAAAACUUGAUCCAAAAGAUAUGUGCAGCAAUAGAUGUUAACAGCUUCGAAGUACGUGGUCCAGCCAUCCCAGCAAUAGGAUGUGCAGAAGUUUUACGUGGAGUUUAUCUAAAGGCUGCAUUACUAGCCCACGACUGCGUAGGUAACACGCACAUGUCCAUAAAUGAUAAUAAUGUUCUUGUAUGCCAUGCUAGUACAAAUAUUAAGAAGGGCGACAUCAUUUACUACAACUACACAGAUCCUUUAAAGGGCACUGCUAUACGUCAGCAACAUUUAAUGAUAGGCAAAUAUUUUAAAUGCACUUGCAAUAGGUGUGCAGAUAACACAGAGAUGGACACUUUUAUGAGUUCCUCUAAAUGUACAGAAUGUAAGACUGGUUUGGUUUCACAAACGACUCCUGAACAAUGGACUUGCCAUGAUUGCAAAAAUACUUAUGCAGAUGAUAAAAUUAGUUACCAAGUUCAAUGCUGUGCGGAAAAGUUUGGAGUUAUUAAUAAAAAAGACGAAAAAGAACUAGAAGAAUAUAUAAGAAACGUAUCACUGGUUCUCGGACCCAACCAUUACCUGUUACUAGAGGCGAAGCAGCGGUUGGCUGGGGUUCUAAGAGAUACUAUUAAUCGAGAACCACGUCCCACAAAAAAACUGAUGAAGCGAAAAAUGGAAUUAUGCGAAGAAAUACUCACCGUGCUAAACAAAUUAUGUCCAGGAAUAUCUAGAACAAAAGCAAUCACGUUGUAUGAAUUACACUCAGCAAUUGUGCGCUUAGCGAAAAAACUUUUCGAUGGAAGAGAAAUUACAGGUUCUGCGUAUUUGGAUGAAUUAAUAACAGCCGAGAAACACUUAAAACAAGCUCUGGAAAUGCUUUUCAUUGAACCAGGUAAUUCUCCAGAAGGAGAACUUUGCGCCAAAGCUCUAGAGGAAUAUAGAGCAUUGAAGGGGACCAUGAAUGCUGUACUCGACGGAAUACAUGCCGAAGGAAAAAGUUAUCAAUUUACAGAAGAAACAAAUGCUAUGGCGGAUCAGUCAUCUGUGUUAGCUUUGAUGAUACUAGCAGUUGGCGUCACAGUGCAUUUUUCGCUCCACAAAGUUGAAGAGGGUCAUGUAGGAGUAUAUUAUAGGGGUGGAGCCUUAUUGCCGGUCACUAGCCAGCCUGGGUUCCACAUGAUGAUACCACUUCUUACAUCAUACAAAGCUAUACAGACUACACUUCAGACAGAUGAAGUAAAAAAUGUCCCUUGUGGUACAAGCGGCGGUGUGAUGAUCUACUUUGAGAGGAUUGAAGUUGUCAACAAGUUAGAGCCUGUAAGUGUGUUAGAUAUGGUGCGCAACUUUACAGCAGACUAUGAUAAAACCCUGAUUUUCAACAAGGUGCAUCACGAGCUAAACCAAUUCUGUAGUGCCCAUACUCUGCAUGAGGUCUACAUUGAUCUGUUUGAUCAAAUUGACGAGAACUUACGAACGGCCUUGCAACAAGAUCUAAACGAAAUGGCGCCAGGUCUGAGGGUUCAAGCAGUUCGUGUCACGAAACCCAAGAUACCUGAGAUGAUUCGUAAAAAUUACGAGCUUAUGGAAGCAGAGAAGUCUAAGUUACUCAUUGCAGCUCAACAUCAAAAGGUGGUGGAAAAAGAGGCGGAAACAGCAAGACGCAAAGCUGUUAUCGAAGCCGAGAAAGAGGCCCAAGUUGCCAAAAUUCAGUAUGAACAAAAGAUCAUGGAGAAAGAAUCUUUGCAGAAAAUUGAGCUUAUUGAAGACAGCAUUCAUAAAGCUAAGCAACAGACUAAAGCAGAAGCUGACUACUACCAUCUAAAGAAGCAAGCAGAAGCCAAUAAAUUACUUCUGACUAGAGAAUACUUAGAAUUAAAGAAAUAUGAGGCUCUUGCACUCAACAAUAAGAUUUACUUUGGUAAUGAUAUUCCAAAAAUGUUCAUGCAAGCCAAUGUUGGUGACAGUGUUCCUCCAAUAGCUAAAAGUGUCCAGGUUGAAUGA